CGAAGAGGCUCGGCGGCGGCAACUCUCGCGAGGAUUCCGCCACCACGCCAGUCGACAGCGGUGCGCGGUUCCGACGUGAGAUCCUUCCGGACUCUGUGGUCCUGACUGAUGGCGGCGGCAGCAGUGGACCCGCGUAGGUUGUUGGCAUGGAGUGGGCAAGGAAGAGGCACCUUCUGAGCGGAGUGUUUUUGUAGCAGUGUCACACAUUCAUACUUCCAAGGCAGAUUCAUUGACUCAGAUGGCUCAUCCUUGUAACUUAUGUGGCCCAAUCUUGAAAGAUAUUUUGCACCUGGACGAACACAAAGAAACACGCCAUGGACUGAAACCUUACACAUGUGGGGUGUGUAGGAGGCAAUUCUGGUUCAGUGCAAACUUUGACCAGCAUCAGAAGCUGUAUGAUGUAGAGAAAUUCCUAAGAGGUGACAAAGGCAAGACCUCAUCUGUAACUAACUGUAGAGCUCGUGAAGAACCUCCACUGUCAGAGAAGCCCUUUGCAUGUAAGGAGGAGCAGAAGAACUUCCAGGCCAGUUUGGGCAGUCACCAGCAAAAGGCCACCCACAGCAAGAGGAAGGCACGGAGUCCUGAGAGUGGCCAGGCCUUGCACAUUGGACAGAUGCGUUACAAGUGCAUCGAAUGUGGGAAGGCUUUCAGCCGCAAGGACACGCUUGUUCAGCACCAGAGAAUCCACACUGGAGAAAAGCCUUAUGAGUGCAGCGAAUGUGGGAAAGCUUUCAGCCGCAAAGCCACACUUGUCCAGCACCAGAGGAUCCAUACAGGAGAAAAGCCUUACGAGUGCAGCGAAUGUGGAAAAGCCUUUAGCCGCAAAGACAACCUUACUCAGCACAAAAGAGUUCAUACCGGAGAGAUGCCUUAUAAGUGUGGUGAGUGUGGCAAAUACUUUAGCCAUCACUCCAACCUAAUUGUACACCAGAGAGUUCACAAUGGAGCAAGGCCUUACAAGUGCAACGAUUGUGGGAAAGUCUUCAGGCACAAAUCCACACUUGUUCAGCAUGAGAGUAUCCAUACUGGAGAAAAUCCUUAUGUUUGCAGUGACUGUGGAAAAUCCUUUGGCCACAAAUACACCCUCAUUAAACACCAGAGAAUUCAUACUGAGGCAAGGCCUUUUGAGUGCAUUGAAUGUGGAAAAUUCUUUAGUCGAAGUUCUGACUUUAUUGCACACCAGAGAGUUCACACAGGUGAAAGGCCUUUUGUGUGCAGCAAAUGUGGGAAAGAUUUCAUCAGAACCUCCCACCUUGUUCGGCACCAAAAAGUUCACACUGGAGAAAGGCCAUAUGAAUGCAAUGAGUGUGGGAAGUCAUAUAGCUUAAGCUCCCACCUCAUUAGGCACCAGAAAGUUCAUGCUGCAGGAAGGCUUUAGGAGUGCUUUUAACACAGCAGGACUCACGGGGAAGAGCUCUGUGACUUCCUGUAGAGAGGGAGACAUCAAAUCAUGUGUAUCUAGACACUGACAGUUGAGAGAUAGUUUAUGAAUGCCAUGUACGGGGGAAGCUUUCAGAAGCUAUGUUGCACUUUCAGACCUGCUCAGGUUCUUUGCUGAAUUUUUUAGUAUUCGUGCCUGUGGCUGAAAACAUCUCAACUCUACCAGCUUAGUUACCCUAAUAUCCUCAGAGGAGGCAGAACUUUGUAUUCUCUGUCUAGUCCCUGGAGGGAGUUAUAAGAAACCUGAGUUCUGGAAUUCCCUGGUGGUCCAGUGGUUAGAACCCUGUGCUCCUUCUGAGGGCCCGGGUUCAGUUGCUUGUUGAGGAAAUAAAAUCCCACAAGCCAUGUGGCCAUAAAUAAGUAAAUGGAAACCUGAAUUAAAUGGAGGUCUUCAUUUUCUCCCCUCUGACUGGCAAAGGUGUGGGCAUGACCCAUCUUUAGCCAAGAGGAUCUGAGGUUCUGGUAACAGAAAAGGUUUACUUUCUUCAUGGACAUUGUUGGUUUCACUCUCAUGUGAUACUUGUAACAUUUUUCCAGCCUCCAAGUCACCCAACCUAGAUAAUUAUUUGCCUCAUGUUGCUCUGGUUUGUGUGAUGACAAAUACCUUAUGAUAAUAAAUACCUUAUUAUUUAAGCCAC